UGUGGUGGCUGUUCAGGAUUUAGAGGAGAUAGAUGGAGUGUGGGUUGGGUCAAGAUGUACAAUGAAGUGGAGACGGCAAAGCUGGAAGGGUACCAUUCUGGCUGUUGAAGACCGGAGAGAGGCUGAGCCAGAGAAAGAGAAUGACUCCAGCGACAGUGAUGAUGACAAUAUGCCUUUAGCUGUCCUUGCUAAAAGAUCUGUGAACCAAUGUUCUACUAAAUAUGUCGCGCAGCAUUGUGGUCAUCCAUCGUGUUUCGUUGAAGUAUGGGCUGCAUGUGUCCGUUGCCAUACACUUUUGUGUCAUGGGCAUUGGAUGGGGGAUGACCCAUGUGGCUCACAUUCAUACUUUAAUGAAACGGUACCUAUCCCAGAGCAACACAAUGACGAGAAGAUCAUCUAUCAUUGUAUGCAGACCAUCAAGGACUGGGACUGUGCAGGCACUUCACCUCAGCCAUACAACGAAGACAUGGAGGAAAGAAGGCAGGACACUGACGAUGAAUGUGCUGACAGUGCAGCGCAGUCAAAAACCCACACAAACCAGGACUGGGACUGUGCAGGCACUUCACCUCAGCCAGACAACGAAGACAUGGAGGAAAGAAGGCAGGACACUGACGAUGAAUGUGCUGACAGUGCAGCGCAGUCAAAAACCCACACAAACCAGGACUGGGACUGUGCAGGCACUUCACCUCAGCCAGACAACGAAGACAUGGAGGAAAGAAGGCAGGACACUGACGAUGAAUGUGCUGACAGUGCAGCGCAGUCAAAAACCCACACAAACCAGGACUGGGACUGUGCAGGCACUUCACCUCAGCCAGACAACGAAGACAUGGAGGAAAGAAGGCAGGACACUGACGAUGAAUGUGCAGACAGUGCAGCGGAGAUAUCCAACGACGACACCAAUGAAAACACACAGGCCAUUGACGACGACUGUGCAGUUAGUGCAGCACAGUCGAAAACCCACACAAACCAGGUAAGUCAGUUUAAGGCCUCUAACUUUUUAAGUUCCCAGAACUUACAUGAUAAAUGAAUAAAGACCAACAUCCUAAACCACCCAGAAGCUUCCAAG